AUGGCAGCUCGACUUAGCACUGAGGAGCUCCUCAAGAGGCUCGAUGAGCAACACCAGGCUUACUUACAAACAUUCAAAUUAGCGCACGAGGCUUUGUCACAGACCGCUGCCGCUACAACGGCGUCCCCCGCUGCCCUACCGCCUCUUCAAUCGCCAGUAACUUCAGUUUCUGCCGCGAAACGAAGGAGACGGUCGACCGCCGAGCCUGAAAUCGAUCGACCUGGAGGUCUUCAGAAGCCAUCCACGUAUCACAGCUCUGUUCUGACGGGCGAGAGCGACGAGAGCGACGAGGAUGAUGAAUUAUAUGUUCAGACUCCACUGGCGCGGUCUAAAUACGAAGAUGAGGAUCUUCGGAAGCACUUGCAAACUCACAAAUUCAAUGAAGAAGGGCAAUUGCUGCUAGAUUCGAUAGUUGAUAGCGGCGUGCUUCUGCGUCCUACUCUUUUCCCAAAAUACGACCCAGAUGAAAAGUUCCACAAUUCCCAUUACACGAUUUUUGACGUUGGCAAAGACGGUGCCCCGCUAUCGAGAUCUUUCGUGGUAAAACCGGGAUCGUCAAUUGAUUCUUCUAUUUGGCAAGCUAUUAAAGAGUUAAAUGCCGACCCCGCAGCGCUCCGACCCGCAGUGGGUAGAAUCAGCAUCGUCCGGGAACCGUCCCCGAUUAUUUUUGGCGCGCUUCACCUGACUAUGAACAGAGAUUUCGAUAUGGAUGAGAUAUUUGAACAUCUUGUAGAACAAGACAAUUCGGCUGCUCACAUGAUCAACCGUGGCUUCAACGAUGAUCAACGGCAGCAACGGUCAUUGAUCUUCAAGUUUGAUUACUUUACGGUCGUUGGAGAAGAAGUUGAGCCCAUGCCAUGGCAGACAUCCGAUGGUGCUGGAAAAGUACUGGACCCUCCUGAAGGCCAUAUCCCGAUCUCGAGAUGCAGCUCCGUAGUCGCUUUGUCCCACUCAGGGAAUCACAUAAAGAAAUUGAAAAAUGCUUCUCGAAGGGCUCAAACGCGGUAUGAAUAUGUUUAUGAUCUAUGGGCUCCGUGGCAUGUGCUCAAUAUUCAGUGCUAUCCGGAUCAUAAGCAUAGUAUGGAUAGUCAUGACUCGACGAAGCAUUAUGUCAAUGGUCCUGAAGCAUUCUUGCAUACACUUUUGGCUGAGUUCAAAGAUGCAGAGAAACGUUUCGAAGAGAUAUACAACAGAAUCACCAAGCUCAUCACUCCUCCGGCCGACUUCAUGUUCAACGGCCAACUGCGAGAUAGACUUUUGUUUGAAGACGAAGAGUUCACUUAUUCCCGACGCUACUUUUGGGCGUUUCAAACCCUCGGAAUAAUGAACAAUGGUAUAAAAGCCAUAAUAGACGCCUACGAAGACACCUUUACGGACGAAGUUUGGGAAGGAAAGCACAAGACACUCUGGCCCAUGCUUGAACACGAUUCCGGCCGCAACGUGUAUUGGAAAAAGAAGAUGGCUGGCUUACGAAAGGAGUUCCAGAGAGAGAUUAGACAUUUGGAAAAGCUGUACGAGGAGAAUGAUGAUCGGAGGAAGGAGAUCCGGACAUUGCGCGACCAGCUUUUCUCGGGGACGAGUGUUUUGGAGAGCAGAAAGAGUGUGGAGCUGUCUACCGUGACGAUUCUGCAGGGGCAUAAUAUUAAACUUUUGACAUUGGUCUCGAUUUUCUUCCUUCCUCUGACAUUCGUCACCUCUGUCUUUGGCAUGACCAACAUGCCCACCGAGCACCAAUUCAAAUGGUUCGGGAUUGUCAUGGCCACAGUGUGCAUUCCAUUCUUUCUAUUAAUCGGCUCCCUGAACACGACGUCCGGGAUGGAAUUCUGGCGCUCAAAAUGGCAGUAUCUGCUCUCAUACAUCUCGCACGCCCUCUCGUCUUCCCCUACCAAGGAAACUGUUAGCCAAAGAGUGCAGCAGUACCAAAAAACCCAACAGCGAAUCGAUAAGAUAAAAAAGCGCUCAUUGUCCGCUGCUCAGGCAAUGCAGAUCCGCAACGCUCAAAUCAUACCCCUCGCAACCCAACCCACGUUAUCCACAUCCGUGAGCGUGAGUAAAGACACGCCUUCGAAUUCAAACGGCGAAGAGGAACAGAAGGAGGAGAGGGAUAGGGAAAGAGAAAGACCGCCUGCCAUGUCUGCCAGCGAGUCGAUGGGCAGCAAGAGCAUAACGAUUGCGGCGGCGAGUCUGCCUCGGCAUGGCAGGAAGAGGGAAGCGUCGUCGUGGUGGGAGAAAGUGUGGGGGAGGAAGAGGCGGGCUAGGGGGUAUGAAGUCUGA